AGUUUCCACAUAAAAACAACAAAACAUUGCAUGUACUUACAACCAUUACAGCCUGUCAUCACAACGGUCACUUCUCCCACUUUUUCUUUUUAUUAUCAAAUAAAUAAAACAAAAUUGCUACUUCCAAUUUGAAGAAAGAGCUUUGCACUCUGAAGUCUAAACACUCCCUCUGCGUUUGUGGAUGAUGCCAUUGCCAUGACAUGAAGACCUUAUUGCCUUAGCCUUCUUCUUGUGCUCAACAAUGGGUUGUUUUCUUCAUUGCUUUGGUUCCUCCAAGAGCACAAAACCUAGGCGCAAGGCACACCAUCACCAUCGACUCGCUAGAGACAGGUUAGAGCAAUGCUCUAUUCAGGAUUACUCCGAAACGGUGGUAAUUGGCACUGCAUCACAAGAAGUCCAGGCUAAACCUUUGGAGCAGAUAAACGUGAGCCCCAAAAAGAAAGUAACUUUUGAUGUCAAUGUGAAAACGUACGAGCCUGAUGAAGUUGCUGAUUUCCAACUUGAGAAAAGUGAAGAGGGUGGAGAGGAAAGUGCUUUGGUUGAAAAGUUAAGCCGAACAAAGUCUUACUCUGAAGAAAGUUCGGUGACUUCAGCGGGGUCUUACACUACAAACCAUAGGUACCACAAUUGUACGUGUAGUGAUGAUGAAGAUGGAGCAAUGGAGUAUUGGGAUAGUGAUGUUACUGAUGAGGAUGAGGAUGAGGAUGAUGAUGGUGGUGAUAGUGACAUGGGAGAAGAGUAUGAUGAAGUGGAAGAGGACUUUGAAGAUGGAAUAGUGUACUCAAGGUCAAGAAAUGGUGAUAAUCAAGUGGUUGUUGGAGAGGUGGAAAGUCCAAUUCUAAUGCAUGAUAAGGAUUUGAAGUCAAUUGGGUUGAACCCAAAUGUUCGAGAUAGGAGUGUGUAUGUUCUUUCUGUGAUGAACCCUGUGGAGAACCUCACUCAAUGGAAAGCAGUUAAGGCUAAAAGGGCACCCCCAUUGGCGUCUCAGAAGGAGAAUUUGGUUUUGAAUCAAGAGUCUAGAUCUGCAUUUGCUGCAGAAACUCCUAAGAAGUUGAACCGAGAAAUCGCGGUUGAUGCUAGCCUUUCAAAUUGGCUGGGUUCAUCAGAAACUACACCUGUUAGCAAAGGUUUGUACGUGGGUACCCUGGAGAGGAGCAGCUCACAAGGCUCAAAUUCAGUGGUGAGCCAUGAAAAUAGGCCUAUUUUAGGUGCAUUGACAGUUGAAGAGCUCAAACAUUUUUCCGCUUCUUCUUCGCCAAGAAAAUCACCAAAGGAUGAGAUGCCCAUUAUAGGCAGUGUUGGGGGCUAUGCCGAGGAUUCUGGCUCAGCAAAUCGAGUAAGAUCAAGAAGGGUACAUUUGAAGUGAAGUUUGGAUCAAGUAUUGGUGGGGAGGGUCAAUUUUGAUUGUGCGGAAUAACAGAGUGAAUUGGCACUCAGCUCCAUCUGAGACAGUAUUAGAGAGAGAGAGAGUUGUUCCUUGUGAAUGUUAGACAAGCUUCCAAUGAUGUGAUUUUGUGGAGUGUGCUGUGUUGGGGGUGCAUUUUUUUUUAUUCUUUUGUGAAUGUGAUAGUGUGUUUGUUUGCUUUUCUUUUGUAAUAUGCGGUUGGAUAUACUAUUUGUCAUGUAGUUUUUAUCUGUGCACUGUGCACUGUCUCCGCA